AACGAAAAAACGAUCGACGUGAUAUCUGCCCGUUGUGCCGGUAGCAUUCCCCAACUCUAGUCAUCCCUCGUUUCGAGGAUUAAUAAUUCACACAAGCCAUGUCUCACCCGAACGAGGACUACGUGUGGCAUGGUGACGACAACGAGAAAUGCAGCAGCGAUUCGGUGCUCGGGAAGUCAACUCUGCUCAACUGGUCCUUGCUCGAAGACCCGGACGUCCUCGAGGACUGCCGCACCUCCCUCCGGGAACACGGCGCCGCUGUGGUGAAGAAUCUCGCCACCCCGGAGGGUCUGGAGAAACUCCGGUCGGAGGUUCUCUCGGCCCCCUACAACGAGAGCAAACAGCACUACACGCCCUGGCAGGAYCAGGGGGACCCUGUCAAGUACCCAGAAUCGCAUCCACGCAACUUUAGGACGCAUUCUUCCGCGGCGUUUGUGGGGCGCAAGACGCUCGAAGAAGCCACGACCGACGGGUUGUGCAUUUCGGUGUACAACGAAACGAAGGAGGAAGGCCGCGGGGAUGUGGGUUUUGGGGCGAACCGGCUCCUUCGGUUUUUGUCCCGUGUGGCGGACGAAAGGCUCUACCAAUCCGAGGACGAGAACGGGUCCGUCUAUUGCUAUCGGAUCCAUUCCGAGCACAAUCCCCCCUGGCAUUUCGACGAAAGUCCCUAUACGGCCAUACUCUACUUGCAAAACCCCGAGGGUGGGGGGGACUUCGAGUACGUUCCCUGGUGCCGCCCAACCACCAGCAAGGACGAUCCCGCGGGCCACGAGAUUGUUCGGAGGCUGGUGAUGGAGACCACUCUCCCCAAUCCUUUGGGGACACCGGGAGCCGACGAUCCGCUGGUGAAGCGAAUCCCCAUCCAACCGGGGAGCCUCCUGUUCUUCAACGGGGCCAAGAGUUUCCACCGGGCCGCGCCCACAACGGGGUCUGCUCCCCGGGUCGGUCUGGUGUUCACCUUUGGCCUGGCGGAGGGCUUUGAAAAUUCGCAAGACGUCAGGUCCUCAAACGAGUGGGAUCCGAGGGAUUCCACGCACCUCGUGAGUGGGGAAUGAGCCAACCAAACGGAUGAAUCUCGCGCAUGCAUCGCACGSACUCAUCGCUUCGGCGGUGGCAGCGCGUGACUGCCCGAACGACUCGAUCGACGCGAGAAUCCCACAAGCCGAGCCGCCGGACAGCGGGCCAACAAUGGCCUUUGUCCGCGGGAAGGGCAUCGGCAAUCCUUCCGCUCGGUCGGCUCUCUGUGUGGGAUCCAUGUCCGUUCUUCUGUCAACCCGUUCGUUUCUAGGUCGAUGUCGACACCAGCCUUCGGUGCUGCAGCAUAAACUAGCUCUAGGUCU